UUUCUAAUUCGAUAAUAUUCAGUCAAAGUUUAACAGCAUUUAAGGAUCUAUUCAUAAAUAUAAAAAUAAUUGAUUAUAGUUCUUCUGUAAUAUCAUUGUAAAAUGUUUUACAACUUUAUAUCCAUACUUAUUGUAUCCAUUAGCGUACAAUCUUUCGUAGUUACUGAUGCUACCAAAAAUAUUUUAAAACCACAGAACAAUGAAGUUUUAUUUAAAUUAACGAAUGCAAAAGCAGAUGAAACAAAUGCUGGAGCAGAAAAUAAUUUGAAUCAACAAGCGACAGCAUGUGAUUGCGGAGAGAACUCUAUUGGUUGCAAAUUCAUUGAAGAAAAAAAGAUUUGCGACUGCAAAGAAGGAUAUGCUCAGGGAAUCGAUGGAAUUUGCAUUGAGACUUGCAAUGAAACGCAAACAUGCAAAAAUGGAGGGUCUUGCCUGCAACAUUUUUGUGUCUGCUUACCUGGGACGUCUGGACCUUUUUGCGAAAGCAUUUAUGAUUGUUUGCACUCUGAUAUGUGUAGAAAGGAUGAUCAUACAGACUGUUCUUAUGAUGUGGAUAGACAAAAGGCCUACUGCAGAUGCAGUACAAUGGAGUAUAGAUUUGAUGCAGCUACCAAAACAUGCCGAAGUUGUCUGUGUACAUAUUGGGCUUCUCAGGAUUUAGGAUCAUUUAGCUGGUGUGAUUACCAGCAAGGUCGACAAGUGUGUGUGUGCUCAGUGGGCUAUUCAUACAACCCACACAGUGAAUCAUGUGAAAAUUGCUAUUGUGAAUCGAACUCAACGUGGUGUGGGUUUGAUGAUGACGGGAAAAAACUUUGUGGUUGCAAAAAAGGAAAUUAUUUUGAUGGAUACCUAUGCAAUAAAUGUCUAUGUGGUGAUCAUGGAAUAUGCGAUCCAAAUGUUGUUUUCCCCUCCUGCGUUUGUGAUGAAGGCUACGCUGAACAUCAAGGAAUUUGUGUGGAAUGCAGCUGUGGCCAAUAUGGCAAAUGCUCAUAUGAUGAACACAAAAAACAAAUUGGCUGUAAAUGUGAUAUAGGCUAUGCAGAAAAAAUGGGAAAAUGUGAAAAGUGUUAUUGUGGAGAUAAUGUUAAUUGUACUUUUGAUGGUGACAGAAAAAUUUGUGGUUGUGAAUCCGGGUAUGAAGAAGCAAAUGGCUUUUGUAAAGACCUCAACGAAUGCGAGAAACAUAAUCCAUGUAAACAAUCAAUGACGUGCAUCAAUUUGCCUGGUUCAUAUGCAUGUAUUUGUAAAGAAGGUUAUAAGACUGUUAUAGUAGAUACGUUAAUUAAGCCAUUAGAAAUUUGCCAAGAUAUUGACGAGUGCGAAAAUUCUUCCGCCUGUGCUCAGCCUAACACGUUUUGCGAGAACACUAUAGGUAGCUACAACUGUAUUUGUGAAUCUGGAUUUGUGUCUCGAGGGAUGCUGGAUUCUUCUUUAUUCUGUGAAAAAAGUACAGCUACAGCAAUUUACACUACUAUAGCCAUAGCUUCAUUUGUAAGUCUUAUAAUUACUGGAGCAGUCGUUUAUUACGUGAAGAAAACAUUCCGAGAAGAAUAUACUAGUUAUAAUCAGGAAUUAAAAUAGCUUUCGAGCUUGAAGAUCCUGAAUAGUGGACGAUAUUUCAAGACAUCAAAUAUAGAUGAUGAACUUUGGUGCAAAUAGACAAAUCUAAAAGGAAUAUUAUGUAAAUAUGAUUGUAAAUAUGUACUAUUAUGGCAAUGAGAAAUGUAGAAUAAAAGACUAGAAUAAUUA